AUGUGGAAACGGCUGAAAUCAAAACAGCCCGUGCAAAAUACUCGAUCCGAGGACUUGGAUGAUGCAACCAGCUCAACUUCCGAGAGUCAGGACCAGAUCACACCAAUAUUCACCUCUCCUCAACUCACUUUCCUUAACCGAAGACGGAAUUCGGAUACAAAUGGGUUGUUAGACGUUCGCAAGCCCAUCGUCCCAUCGAGACGGGGAUCCCAGUUGAGCGAGAUUUCCAAUGUUCAAAGAGAACUUUUCCCAUCGGCCUCCGUGGAGCAUCAACAGCGCCGCUUACAGGACCGCCGAGAUGACCCCAUGGGUCUGACCGUCCUCCACUCUCCGGAAUCGAAAUACCGGACGGUGGAUAUCCUCUUCAUCCAUGGCCUUGGGGGCACCAGUAUCCGGACGUGGUGUAAGAACCGAGACCUGGAGCUAUUCUGGCCCAAGAAGUGGUUACCGGAAGAACCAGAUUUGUCCACAGCUCGCAUCCUGACAUUUGGGUAUAACGCAAAUUUUGCCGCAAAGAAGGAGCAGGCCUCUUUGACGAUCGGUGACUUCGCCAAUGACCUUUUAUUUCAUAUGAAAUAUGACGAAGAAGGGAAUGAAAGGAUGGGUCAAGUCCCUAUUAUUGUAGUCGCGCACUCCAUGGGAGGUCUCGUCUUCAAAAAAGCUUACAUUUAUGGACAUCUCAACGAACAAUACCGCAAAAUCACAUCUAGUAUCAAAGCCGUGCUUUUCAUGGCCACCCCCAUCGAGGUUUCCAUUUUCGGGCACUCGCCAAAAGAGUACGUCAAGGAGUUGACGCAGGGAAGCACCACUAUUGACGAGUUAAACGACACGUUUCGUCAUCACGCGGAAAAGCUGCAGAUCUUCUCUUUCUACGAGACCCUCACGACACCGGUCGGACCGAUGAAUGUAAUGCUUCUAGAAAAGCACACAUCGUUGUUAGGUUAUCAUAACGAGACCCCAGAACCUCUUAUGGCGAAUCACCACGAUGUGGUCAAAUUCUCUAGCCCAGAUGAUCCAAAUUACAAAUCUGUGCGAGGCGCUAUUCGCAGCAUAGUCAACCAGUUCAGACUUUCGAACACGCGUGAAGACGAGGCGGAGAAAGGCCUCGAAGCAAUCCAAAAGUGGCUGGGGGUGACAGGGUUGCCAGAGGAAGACUUAUCACUGCUUCGAUCUACGCGGAAAGCAGGAACAUGCCAGCAUCUUCUCCAGAAACCUGAGUUUGCAGAUUGGCUGGAUUCAGAAAUACCCCAUACCCUCUGGAUACACGCCGCCCCAGGAAGUGGGAAGUCGGUACAAUGCUCAUUUGUGAUUGAAACUCUGCAGAUGUACCAAAAGAACUGUGUAUACUGGUUUUUCAAGGCAGGCGAUGUCCAGAAACGGUCCCUUGGUGCUAUGCUUCGCUCUGUGGCCUAUCAAAUUGCGCUCGAAGAUGACUCGUAUCGGCUUGCUUUGACCGACGUCCGAAAGUCAGGUAUAAAGGUCGACGAAGCCGAUGCAUGGACUGUUUGGAGGAAUAUCUUUGCUUCCAGACUUUCAGCCAUCGGCACAGAGAUGCAUUUGGUCAUUGAUGGAUUGGAUGAGUCGGAAUCGAGCAGAACUUUCAUCGAUCUGAUCUCAACUAUUGACAUGUCCAAAAGCAAUCUACGUAUCCUCUUCUUCAGCCGACCACUUUCCAACAUCAACCAAGUCAUUCAAAAAGCAAGAAGAAAAUUUACCAUCAUAGAGGUUGCCUUGACAGAUAACUUGGAGGAUAUCCGUCUUGCUGCUGCUGACGAAAUGGAAUAUUUCUUGACGAAUUCAGGAUUCGAAGAAUUCAAGCAGCAAACAAUUGAGGAAAUUACAACUCGCUCGCAAGGAAACUUUCUAUGGGCCAGUCUCAUUCUCAAAAUGGUCGUCAAUUGUCAUCGGCAGGAUGAAGUCAAAGAGGUGCUUGAGGCCACGCCAGAUGGCAUGGACAAACUUUAUCAUGGUAUGACUGAGGCCAUUGCGAGAGUUGACCGAGAGGAGAAUACUAUCCUUUGCAAAAUACUACUUUCUUGGGCCAUGUACUCCACCAGACCGGUGACAGUCGAAGAGCUUAUGGAACCCUAUGCUUCGGAGCUCCACGCAGUUAUAGACCUCAAACAUACAAUCAGCGAGAUUUGUGGCCAAUUUGUGGUCAUCAACGCCAGUAAUCGUGUUGUCUUGGUCCACCAAACAGCACGAGAAUAUCUCAGGACUUGCACCAAGCUCCCAUUUUCGCUUGAGGCGCACGAGGUGAAUGAAGAUCUUUUUCAUCAAUGUCUCAACUUCCUUUGUGACCUAUCCCUGCGAACAAAGAUCCGACAACGCAAGGCCCCGCUGUUCCUCUCUUAUGCCUCUGUCUCUUGGGACCUUCACCUGACUCGCUCUUCUGUUGAGUCUGACAGGGUACUCGAGACCCUUGUUAAAUUCUUCAGUGGUACUUUCCCCUUGCCAUGGAUUCAGUACCUAGCCAUCACCGGACAUCUUUCACAUCUAGUGACAGUAUCCUCGCAUCUCAUGAGCUUCGUCAGACAACGACGAAAGCUCGACGCCGUCAAAGAGCCACCACUUCUUCGUCUGCCAGAAUUGUCAUUGAUAGAGUCAUGGGCUGCGGAUCUCUUGAAGAUGACUGCCAAAUUUGGCAGUCAUCUCAUCGAUGACCCCGAUGCCAUCUAUAAAUACAUUCCUCCCCUGAGUCCCAAGAACUCGAUGAUUUACCAAAAGUACGCGAACAAGUCAUCCGCCACAAUAUCCGUCUCGGGUAUAUCCAAUGGAGAUUGGGAUGACUGUCUUGCUCGGAUCUCGAAUCCUGGUUCCGAUUCUGCACUACACAUUGCAGUUUCCGCAGAUUACCUUGCUGUUGCGAACGAUUCGCCAAACGGCCGGAUUCAGUUGUGGAGUCUCGUCAUCUUCGAGGAGCUCUCCACGUUCAACCCCGGCGAGCCAAUAUGUUCUAUCUCUUUUAGUCCUUCUGGCUCGCUAUUGGUGUGCUAUUGUCUAAACAGCACCUAUGUAUGGAGAGUUAGUGAUCGGAGUAUCGUCGCCCAGGUCGAAAAUCCUCGGCGGGAAAGGCCAUUGAGCAUAAAAUUUGGGCAAGAGGAAUCAUUCCUCAUCAUUGCCACUGAUCUCCGCCGUGUCUAUCGACUUAACUUUGAUGAUGAGAGCCCAACUUGGGUUGGAUUCGAUUCGGCUCUUCUUGAGGAAACCUCACUGCCUGAAGGAGCUUUUAUCAAUUCCCCAUCAUCGGUUGAUUUCAACCCGGACUGUACACAGCUUGCUGUCGCAUAUCGAGGUUUUCCUCUAGCUGUCUGGAGUCUUGACCCCCCAGAAGUGAUUGCAAGGUGCAGGCGUAAAAAGAAACAAGGACAAACAACGAACUUAACUUGGACCGGUGUGAACCGCGUAGCUUGGCAUCCGUUCAAUGGCCAAGUCCUGGGAAUCUAUCGCGACGGUAACAUCUUCAAAUGGGGCCCAAUAGAUGACAGCUAUGAGGAGGUUAAGCAGGAGUUAGAUGCUACACCAUCGGAGAUACAGUGUAGCCGCAACGGACUUGUCUUCGCGACCAGCGACGUCAAAGGCUCAAUCAAGAUCUACGACUACUCACAAAUGGUCCAGAUGUACAAGCUGACAUCUGAUGAUAUCAUCAAAGAUAUUGCUUUUAGUCCGGACAGCCGCAGACUCUACGAUCUGCGAGGAUCUUGCUGUAAUGUAUGGGAGCCGAGCUGUUUGCUUCGGGCCGUCGACACAAGCUUGGAUCCCUCCGAUGACAACGAGAGUGUUACGAGCUCCGAACGAAGACGGAAUGGAAGCAUUGUGUCGGAGCAUGACGAUAAAGGCAACUCUAUCAUUUCACUGCCUGCGUCUGAAGCUCAUGAUGACUCUAAGCCGCCGAUCACAGCAGUGGCGACUUGCAUGAAUAACCAAAAUAUAUUCGCUUAUGCCACGGAUGACGGAACUAUCGAGCUUUACAACAUAGAGGGCAAGUACAGGCACCCCAUCCUACAUUCUUACUUUGGAGUGGAUGUGAACCAUCUCGCCAUGGGUCAGGAUGGCGAGUAUAUUGCUUACUGCCUAUUGAAUGGGCGAGUCGCAGUCAAAAGCAUCGAUUUCUCAGCGCCCGAUAAAGCCUCCAUACAAAAUGUAUUUGCCGAGACAAAAUCUAUCAAGCGCGGUCUGAUUAGACAGCUUCUGUUUGACGGUAAAUCCGAGCGACUGCUAGUCUGUGGUGUAGAGAGACUCCAGGUCCUCCGUAUCGCAGACGGAAGCAUCGUUUCUGAGAAAGAGAUUAGCCCCACAGAUCAGCCUGCACAAUGGACCAACCACCCAACAGACCCAGACAUCGUAUUGGGAUUCACAGUGAAUGGAGUGAUUGCACUCUCCUGGGAUACUCUCGAUAUCAAAUGCACCCUCUCGCACGACCUUGCCUGUGAACGUGCCGAUAAUCAGUCUAAACCCAAGUCCUCCGUGGCAUUGGAGGUACUCGUGCAGUCAUACUCCCAGGAAAUGCAAAUUAUUGUCACCAUAGAGGAGACCGAGCAUGGCAGGCUCUGGAACUAUCUGCUCCUGGACACCUCCGUGAUAUACAACGAUAGCAGCGCCCCAUCCUCGUCUGGCACAAUAAGCACUGUCCCUUUCCCGCCUCAUAUUAGCGAAUGUAUGGAGGAGCCAGUGGUGCUUCUAGCAGACGGCCGUCUCGUCUUCCUUGACUCCGCUCUAUGGGUGUGCACAGUGCAGCUGGGACUCCAAUCCGGUGGGGCAUCAGAGGCUGGGGUGACGAGACACUUUUUCAUCCCGCGAGACUGGCUCAAUAGCGCGGGGCUGUCAUUGUGUAAGGUCCAGGCGGAUGGCAAUCUAUUGUGUCUUUGUAAGGGAGAGAUGGCUGUUAUUAGUAGCGAUAUUGGGACGGGAUGGUAA